GGCAAACGAAAGACUUCCUGCCGCGACGGUGUUCGGGGAGGUAGUGGCUGAGACCAGACCACUGGGUGGCUCCCUCUCCACACACUCCAGGAACGUCGGAUUUUGCAAUAUCUGCAGGUUCCAGGUGCAGUGCACCGCAUUCCUGCAGUUUAAAGCAAUGCAGUGAGGCAAAUGACAACGAAUUUAAAUCACGGUGGCUUUUAAAACCAUUGUAUUUACGGUGUUCUAACCAGAAGGUACAUUCACGUUGACAGGUCCAGGGCGCUAUCGAGAAAGCACGGUUGCCCAAUACAACAGUAUAGACUUUAAAACAAAUGCACUGCUGCAGAAAAUUUCAAGUUUGCAACCAGCUGAUGCGUUAUCCAGCUGAAGGCUUUCUUUGGAAACCAGGAGAACUACAUUAAUGGUUGGAUUACGUACAAAUAAGACAUUUUGUUCCUUCACGGAUAAUUUGAUUGUAUCAGUAAUGUAGUCAUUUACUUCGCGAUAAUGUGCCGGGGUCCCUGCUGCUUGGAUGAGCAAUGCUUAAAUCGACCAGGAUAUUGACUUUUACCAUUCAGAGUCUGGGACUGAGUGUUUGGAAAUGUUUUACUUUUAAACUUCACUUUUAAACUUUACUCCAACGUUGACUCCUCACUAGCCUUCGGAGAGCGUGUUGCUCCGUGCGCUUUGUGUGUAAUGAAAUCAUUCCACGGUGCAUUUCUCCGCCCAACCUCCCAUAAAAAAAUACGAAGAUUGUUGAAGACUCGAGGACUUUCCCCUUCUCACUGAGCGACAGGGAUCGCUCUUGGUUAAUUGUCUCUUCCGUACAUUCGGAUGAGAGUUCUGCACUCCCGGUCAUUGUGCUUUAGGCUUUAUCAUGUUAGAAAUGUCACAUCAGUAACAGGAGCUCCGUCAUUGUUUCCGGCACUUUUACCAUUCUCUCCCGAGAAAGAACUCUGGAGCAGGAUCGGGGCAGAAGGGCUGAAUCCGCAGCAACUAUCACAAAAGUUAUCUUUUCAAGAAUUGCAAGGUUUUUUUGUUAAAAUGCACGGAGAGGCGUUCACCUUGCUGUAAAUGUGUGGCACGACACUGAAUCGAUUGGACGGUGUUGAUUUUCAGACCCGUGAGAAGGCAUAGGUAAUUUCUCCGCUUCAACUGGGAGAUUAGAUGUAAUCGAUAUAAUCAGACCCCGAUCUUCAGCGGGCGCUGCUAUAGCUGCCUGGCCAAGCUGUAAUUCUUGGAUACCCGGAAGGAAGAAGACACAAGGACAAAGUGACCAGGGACACUGAGGAGAUAGGUAAGGAUGACUGCCAACAAGAACGCCAGCACCAAUCAUGCAGCUGGAGCAUCUAAAGCAGUUUGUGACACAAGCACCAGGCGCCAUUCGCUUUCCCCAACUACUCUUUUAUUGCCGGUAAGAAGUCCAACAUACCCUUUAAGUGAUGGUGAAGACUCCCGUAGAUCUAAUAGGUAUGGUCAUAUUUCAACUCCUAGACUGAGUCUGAGAGAUUGUGGUUCAGGAGGAGCAACACCAAGAAGCAGUUUUCUGCAUUCAUGUAGCAUCGAUUCACAAAGUCCAUUGCUGAAAGCUGUGAGCAUUGGAUGCUUAGACAAGAACCCAGCAGGCACUGCAGUUGAAGGAGUCAGAGACCAGAAGCCAUCACAUGAAGAAUGCCACGAGGAGCCAGGUGAUGGGAUAGGCACCCCCCAACUUAACCGGAGUACACUGUCUUUGGGACCGGCUGCUACUUUCCGGAAACUUUCCCUCAGCAGAGCCAGCAUACGCUCUCAGACUGUUGACAUUAGGCAGAAGAUUUCAGAAUGGGAAUGCAGAAAGGAAAUGUCUCCCAGGCGGAAUCUGAUGCUGGAGAAGAGAAAAGGUGGAGAUAGGGCUAGUAGUGAGGGAUGCCCCAGUCUGCUGCCUUCACCCUGCAGUGAAAAGACCUUUGACCUGACAGGAUUCAAAAGAAUGAGUAGAUCAUUUUCAGAGUGCUCAUACCCUGAAACUGAAGAUGAAGCAUCAGAUAAAGAAUCAUUUUCCAGACAUGAAAGGUUGUUUGGUAAGAACCAGUCUUCCAAUAUUUGCAGCAAAGAACAUGCGAGGAAACAGGCAUCUGCAGUACUAAGCAGGAUUCAGAAAAUUGAACAAACUCUCAAGGAGAGCCCCAAUAAGGACCUUCCUCAGUUGCCCAGCAGCUGCUAUGGGAGGGAAAGACUGAGGAAAAAAUCCUUCACACCUUGUGUGUCAGAGGAUAUUAAGGAGGCUGGGAGAAUAAUGAAGAGGGGGAGUGUUAGCUCUGUGAUAACAGAACCAGAGUCAGAUCCUGCAAUUGAGAAAGCUACAUUCCAGCAGCAACUUAGUCAAAAUUCUGACAGCUCCUACUACAAACCUGAAUCGCUGCCCGAGAGUCCGCCCACCAUUGUGGUGAAUCCUGUGCCAAAACCAAAACGCACCUUUGAAUAUGAAGCUGAUAAAACCCAUAGGAGUACUCCUAGCAACAGUCUACCUCCAUCCUCCACUCCCACUUCGCCACCCCCGCUCCCAUCAACCCCAGCUCCCCCUGUCACACGGAGGCAGAAAAAAGAUUCAAACCUCCACAGAAAGAUCCAUAACAGGAAAUCCUUUGAAUUUGAAGAUGCUGUCAGUCUUCAAUCAUCGCAUUCUCCUUCUCCUACUGAAAAUGGUACAUCCACCUCGCCUCUGGAGGUACACAGCAGAUUUAGUUCAAAAAGCACUUUAGCAGAAGAGAAUGCAUAUGAAGACAUCAUAGAUACACCUAAAGAAAACCCUUAUGAAGAUGUGGAGCUGAAAGGUCGAUACCCUGGCAGAAAGUUACAGCUGUCAUCUGAGAAUUCCCUAGACUCUUUGCACAGGAUGUGGUCCCCUCAGGAAAGGAAAUACACUACACCUCCCCAGCUGCCUCCGAAACCCAGCAGUCUGUCAUUGCGUCUGAGUAGUACCAUAGACAGGAGGACCCUUAGACUACCACGACUGUCCAAAAGACACAGCCAUGAUGAUGUGUUGCUUCUGUCCCACCUUAGUGUGCCCUCUUCCCCCACCAGCCUCAACGAUGACAGCAUAAGCACCACCAGUGAGCUGCUGUCUACACGUCGAUCCAGGAGGAUCCCUAAGCUUGUCCAGAAAAUUAAUGGCAUCUAUAGUGCAAAGAGAGGGAAGAAAAGACUGAAGAAAUUGUCUCUGUCAAACUUUGAGAAUGCAUCUCUGCGAGAUGAAAACAGUGAGAGUGAGAGUGACUCAGAUGACAGGUUUAAAGCGCACACUCAACGCUUGGUCCACAUUCAAUCAGUGCUAAAGAAAGCUCCCAGUUACCGUACGUUAGAGCGAGAACUCAUCGAAUGGCAAGAGCGGGAACUCUUUGAAUAUUUUGUGGUGGUUUCAUUAAAGAAAAAGCCUUCAAAGAAUACUUAUAUCCCUGAAGUAUCCUAUCAAUUUCCAAAGCUAGAAAGGCCAACAAAACAAGUACGUGAAGCAGAAGAACGACUAAAAGCAAUCCCACAGUUCUGCUUUCCCGAUGCCAAGGACUGGAGUCCAGUGUCGGAUUUUACCAGUGAAACCUUCUCAUUCAUGCUCACUGGGGAAGAUGGCAGUCGGCGGUUUGGUUAUUGCAGACGAUUAUUGCCAAGUGGAAAAGGCCCUCGCUUGCCAGAGGUUUAUUGUGUCAUCAGUCGCUUGGGCUGCUUCAACCUCUUUUCAAAGAUUCUGGAUGAAGUGGAGAGGCGGCGUGGGAUUUCUGCUGCUCUGGUCCUAUCGUUCAUGAGGAGUCUCAUGGAGUCGCCUUUUCCUGCACCUGGAAGGACUAUAAAAGUCAAGACAUUUCUACCAGGAGCUGGAAAUGAGGUGAUCGAGCUUCGUCGUCCCAUGGACUCCCGGUUGGAGCAUGUGGAUUUUGACUGCCUUUUCCGUUGUCUCAGCACACGUCAAGUUAUCAGGGUGUUUGCUUCUCUGCUGCUUGAACGGCGGGUAUUCAUCGCAGAUAAACUGAGCACUUUGUCCAACUGUGCCCAUGCAGUGGUAGCUCUGCUCUAUCCAUUCUCCUGGCAACACACCUUCAUACCAGUGCUUCCGUCCUCCAUGAUUGACAUCGUCUGCUGUCCAACACCCUUCCUGGUGGGCUUACUCUCCAGCUCUCUCCCCAAACUAAAGGAACUUCCAGUGGAAGAGGCACUGAUGGUUGAUCUAGGAGCCGAUCGUUUCCUUCGACAGAUGGACGAUGAAGACUCACUUCUGCCACGGAAACUGCAGGCUGCUCUGGAGCAGGCUCUGGAGCAAAAGAAUGAACUAGUCAAUCAAGACUCAGACAGUGAAUCAGAUGAUGAGUGCAACACACUGAACAAUCUGGUCUCAGAAGCCUUCAUCCGUUUCUUUGUGGAAGCUGUCGGUCAUUAUUCAUUAUUUUUGACCCAAAAUGAGAGGAAUGAACGAAUAUUCCAAAGAGAAGCUUUCCGCAAGUCAGUAGCUUCCAAGAGCAUCCGGCGCUUUCUAGAGGUCUUCAUGGAGUCACAGAUGUUUGCUGGAUUCAUACAGGACAGAGAACUGCGAAAGUGCAGAGCAAAAGGUCUAUUUGAGCAGAGAGUUGAGCAAUAUUUGGAGGAACUGCCAGACACAGAACAGAGUGGAGUGAACAAGUUUCUGAAAGGACUUGGAAAUAAAAUGAAAUUCCUUCACAAGAAGAGUUAGUUGCAUUCGUACUGUCUUGAAAUUACAAGGACCACUGACCAUUGCACAACAGCUUUCUCUGACCCAUUUAUCUUUUGGAAAGAAUGGAUUAUACUUUCGUCUUCACAAAAUCUUCGUCUUUUUUCAAAGACUGAACUGUAACAGUAUCAGAGAAGAAUCCAAAGUGCAACAAGUACAUUUAGCCAUGUUCAUCUUUAAUGCAGAUUGGAUUGUAUAUUGUAAAUAUAUUUACUGUGUUUUUAUUGGUAUUUUAUUGUCUGGAUUUAGCAGUCAUUAUACUGAAUAUCUGUAAUGAGUUGACUGCAACAGAUUUUUGUGAUGCCAGAGUGACUUAUGACUUGGAGGAUGAAUGGUCUAACUGAGCAUGUGCAGAAGACACAGUGUGUGUCGGGGAUGGGGUGGGAAACACAAUCUUCUCAUUGAUUUACAAUUUGAUUAUUUUUCUGGUGUGAUUAUUGAGAAUGUGUGCGAUUCUAUCAACUUGGAAAUAUCCGUUUCUGAAUUAUAUGAAAAACAAUGAACUAUCACCUUUUCUCUUGCUGUAGCUGUAGAGUUCAGAUUACAUCUCUUUUGGCCCUCUUUUCUGCAUUUUGGCAACAAAAUGUGAUAAAGUUACACUGAAAAUACUUGGUACAUCUUUUGAUGUUGCUUGAAAAUGCAUAAUCUGCCAUAGAAAGAGGCUAGUGAAUGAAUCACUGACUCUUUUCCAUAUCUAAUGCACUGCUGUAGCUGAGUGUAAUGAGAAAGGUGCAGAAGCCGUUGCUGCUCUGCUGUUCUCACAGGGUAUGACUGGGUAAGCCUUGCUGUAUUCCUAUGUACCGCUUUUCAAAAAAAAAUAAAAUUAUUACAUUUCUUA